AACUGUUUCCUAUAUUUGUGACGCUUCUCUUUAUCUUAUCCCUUCCAUUUUCUCAAUUUUCAAACCCAUUUUGUUUAUUUUUAUUUUUACUCACAUUUUUAUCUAUGCUCUAAAAGUAGACGCAUAAUUAUUGACUUUGACAAUCAAACGCAUGCAUUCCCUAUACAGUGACUUUGGUUCUUUCUCCCUGAGUUGAGACUCUUUCAUUCUGUAACAGUUGUUUAAGGCUUCAGAAUUGAAGGCAUUGUGAUUGUUCAUACUUGCUCUGAGGAAAAUCAUUAUUUUUUGCAACAAUGGUUCUUGGAUUGAGAACAAAGAACCGAAAGCGUAUAUCGUUGCAAGUUGAUUAUCUGUUUCGUGUUCAAGAGAUUAGACCUUGGCCACCAUCGCAGUCGUUAAGAUCUGUUCAUUCUGUUUUGCUUCAAUGGAAAAAUGAUGAUCAGAGUUCAGGGUCCUUAAUUUCUGGUGUUGGAGAUGGGAAAGUUGAGUUUAGUGAGUCUUUCAGGCUUCAAGUUACUUUAUGCCAGGAGGCAUCAAAGAAAGGAACGGCCCGUGAUAUUUUUCAGAAGAACUGCUUAGAAUUUUACUUGUAUGAAAAUGGAAAGGAUAAAAGUCAACUCUUGGGAUCAGCUGUUAUAAACCUCGCUGAUUAUGGAAUUAUGAAGGAAGCCAUUGCCAUUAGCACUCCAUUUAACUUCAAGAAAACUUUUAGCAACACAGCACAGCCUGUCCUUUCUCUUAUGAUUGAGCCAUUCUACAAAGAUAGCUCCUCUUCAUCACCGAAGAGCAGCUUGGUCAAAGAAGUGUCAAUGUUGGGUAAGAAUGGAACUGGAUCUUUUUCUGACUUGAUGAAUGAAGGAAAUCAUGAGGAAUGUGAGAUUGCUUCUUUCACUGAUGAUGAUGACAUUUCAUCGCAUUCAUCAUUGACUAUUCCAUCUUCUACUUUUGGGACUACUAGUGGCUCAACUGCUAGAAAUUAUAAGAAUGGAUCAGACUCAGCAGAGGACAGUCCGGUUAAUGGAGAGCCUGCUUUAUCCUCAAGUAUUGCAUCUGCAAAGCAAGAGGUGAAUCCAGUGGUUGAAGUCCUUCAAAAAAUAAAUGGGAGCACAGAAUCUUCGUCAUCAGCAAGCUUAUUCUCUGAUUCAGGAAAUGUUGUAAAUGAUCCUGCAGCAAAAGUUGCAUCCUCCAAUAUGUCUAUUGAGGCACAUGUUAACAUGGGACAAAUAAGGGUAGAGAACUCUCCAACUGAUCUAGAGGGUGGUACAAAAUCUCAGAGACAUGAAAAUAAUGGCCUAGAGGCUGCUACAAGUGAGUUAUAUGUUCAUCUUUUGAAGAAAAAAGAUAAGAGGUGCCAAGAAAAUGGACAGGGCAAUCAGAUCUUAAAAGUAAAGAAAAAUUCCUUAGAGGACAGACUAGUAAGUAAAUUACCAGAAGAUGCUGCAAAAAAUGAUGUCAAAUUAAGGAGUAACAGUAUUGCCAACAGCAGGUUCUCACUUGGAGCACAGAGUGGAACUGUUAGUAAUGAUAAACUAAAGAAUAUUAAGUCUGUUCAGUUACGUUAUGAUUCAGCUGUGGGCUAUGGGCAGAUCAACGAUAGUCAGUACAAAUGGAAGGAAAUUAAUAAUGCAAAAGAUAAGUAUGAUGAUUGUAAGAGUAAUGCACAAAGUACAAUGGGAGAAACAGCAAAUGGAUUUUCCAACAUCAAAGUCGAACUGGAAUCUAAAAUCAAAAUGCUUGAGGAAGAAUUAAGGGAAGCUGCUGCUCUUGAGAUCGGUCUGUAUUCAGUCAUUGCUGAGCAUGGUUGUUCAAUAAAUAAAGUUCAUGUACCAGCACGACGGCUUUCUAGAUUCUAUCUUUAUGCUUGCAAAGCAAGGUCCCAAAGUAAGAGGGCAAGUGCAGCAAGAGCUGCCUUUUCAGGAUUAGUUUUGGUUUCAAAAGCAUGUGGGAAUGAUGUUCCAAGGUUGACUUUUUGGUUGUCAAAUUCAGUUGUGCUUAGAGCAAUUGUCAGUGAGGCAAUCAAAAAGUUGCAACUUUCUGAUGGACUUUGCACUAAGAAUAACAGUGAUCGAACUGCUCCUAACAAAGAAGAGAAAGAUUGUUCAAUUGAAGAUUCUGAUGAUUGGGAGGACCCUCAAACAUUUGUAAUUGCAUUGGAAAAGUUUGAAGCUUGGAUCUUUUCCCGAAUCAUUGAGUCGGUUUGGUGGCAGACAUUCACUCCACAUAUGCAGUCUGCAGCUGCAAAGGGCUCAGGCUCAAGGAAAACCUCUCGGAAGAGGUAUGGAUUGGGAGACCAAGAGCAGGGAAAUUUGUCUAUUGAGCUCUGGAAGAAGGCUUUCAAAGAUGCAUGUGAACUGCUUUGUCCUAUUCGAGCAGGAGGACAUGACUGUGGCUGCUUGCCAGUGCUGGCUAAAUUGGUAAUGGAGCAGCUGGUGGAUAGAUUGGAUGUGGCAAUGUUCAACGCUAUUCUUCGUGAAUCAGCUGAAGAGAUGCCAACAGAUCCAGUGUCUGAUCCCAUCAGUGAUCCUAAAGUUCUCCCUAUUCCAGCUGGGAAAUCAAGCUUUGGGGCGGGUGCACAACUGAAAAAUGCUAUAGGGAGCUGGUCCAGAUGGCUUACAGAUUUGUUUGGUAUUGAUGAUAAUGACCCUCCUGAAAAUAUGAAUGAAAUUUCUAAUGACAUGAGCAUGGACAGUGACACAUCUUCAAAGGCUUUCCAUCUUCUCAAUGCAUUAAGUGAUCUCAUGAUGCUUCCAUCUGAAAUGCUGGUGGAUAGUUCCACACGGAAAGAGGUAUGCCCUACAUUUGGUGUGGAAAUGAUCAAGAGGGUUCUUGACAAUUUUGUCCCAGAUGAUUUUAACCCAACUCCAAUUCCACGGGCAGUUUUUGAUGCCCUGGAUUCUGAGGACCUGGGUGAGGCUGAGGAGGAUUCAGUGACAAUCUUCCCAUGCUCAGCUGCUCCCACAAUCUAUUCGCCACCUCCUGCAGUUUCACUGAUCGGCAUUAUAGGAGAGUUUAGAAGUCCAGAUCUACAGAGUGGGUCAACUGUGCUAAAAAAAUCUUACACUAGUGAUGACGAGCUUGAUGAAUUGGACUCACCUGUAACUUCCAUUAUCAUCGACAACUCCCACACUUCUACGACUUCAGCCCCUCCCAACUGGAUGCCCAAGGGAAACGGGGGUCGAAAAGUUGUCAGAUAUCAACUCCUUCAAGAAGUGUGGAAGGAGGGCAAAUAAUAAUGUCAAUUUAAUCGCACUUUUCAAGCUUUAGUGUUUAUAUGUUAAUAUUUUACUUUGUAUAGGCGGCCUUUUUGACAAUUUUUUGCAUUUUCCCAUUAGAUCCUUACUUAUUUCACUGUACAUAUUAGUUGCUUCUAUUGCCGUGCACCUUUUUUCGCA